AUGUUCUCUAGUCUGCGACCGUUAUGUCGAAGGUCGACUCGCUUCGCAUUUUGGGCUACGGCUUGUGAGACUACGAAUGUUAGAAGGGCGCAUUCUUAUCAUCCUCUUAUAAAUGGCUUCGUCUCCGCCCUUCAACGUGAACAGCCGUGCUUAGCUGUAUCACCUCGUAGAAUUCAGGUUUUAUCUCAACCAUCGAGCUUCUAUGAGACAUUACUGGCCAUGAUUCAACGCGCUAAGUCGCGCAUUUUUAUCUCGUCGCUGUAUAUUGGCUCCGGGGAGUCACAACUUAUUGGUGCAUUGGAAGAGGCUUUGACUCGUUCCCCCGACCUCAAAGUCUUCCUCCAGCUCGACUUGAAUCGCUCUACUCGACCCGGAAAGUUAUCUACCGCACAUCUACUGCUACCUUUGCUCGAGAAGUUUCCAUCGCGGGUCUCCGUCUCCCUCUUCCGAAGUCCGAGUCUUCGCGGUGUUCUUGCCAAAGUGGUGCCCCCACGUUUCAAUGAAGGCUGGGGAACGUGGCACGCCAAAAUAUAUGGCGCGGACGAUGAGGUCAUGAUAAGUGGGGCAAAUCUGAACGACUCGUAUUUCACGGAUCGACAGGACCGCUACAUCCACUUCGACGGUGAACCUCAACUAGCGGAUUACUGCUUUUCCUUUUUGCGGACAGUAUCAACUUUUUCUUUCCAAUUAUCACCUGCAACACACGUUCGAUCCUCUAAAUACUCAUAUCGGCACGAAGAUUACACUCUUGAUUGGCCAGAUGCCUCGACUCAUCCUCACGAAAUACAAUCCAAAGCCGCAGACUCUUUCACAUCUUUCCAAGCGCAUCAAAAGGAACUCUCCAUAUCACGAAGGACUCCGUCGCAUCCAAGUAGCAGCUCCGAGGAGAAAGUGUUGUUAUUCCCCAUCAUUCAAGCAGGGCAGUUUGGUAUUCGCGAAGAAGAGUCGUCGCUAGAUCUGCUUUUCCGACAUGUAGCUUCCCAUUCGACCCCAGAAUCAGGCUUCGAUGAUGUACGGCAACGCCCAUUGAUGGAUUUGACAAGUGGUUACUUCGGGCUGAACAAACGAUAUCAAGACCUUGUGUUGUCUAGCCGUGACAUAGAUUGUCGAAUCAUAUGUGCUAGUCCAAAGGCAAACGGCUUCUACGGUUCCAGUGGGAUAUCCGGUCGCAUUCCGGAGGGUUAUACGUAUUUAGAACAAGGCUUCAUGAAGGCGGUCAAAUCCGCAGGGAGGACAUGGACACAGAAAGGCAACUACGGCCACGGCGUUCAGUUGAAGGAAUGGUAUAAGGACGGCUGGACAUAUCACGCAAAAGGAAUUUGGUUGUCGCCGAACCCCGAUGCUCCUCCCGUGCUGACUUUGUUUGGUUCAACGAACCUCAACUCGCGCUCAUCUCAGCUGGACACGGAACUAUCUUUCAUAAUGGCACUCCCAUCGAAACUCGUGCGAACGUCGCCGGAAGAACGUAACACCGCUGUGGCUAGCGUGUCUGCGCCACAAGCGGGGGAGCAGACCCCAGGGCUCGACCUUCGUCAAGAGCUCCACAAGGAGAUAUCUCGGUUGCAUCAGUUCACUGGGGAGUGGCAGGGAGGUGCGAGAGCUGUCAGGUGGGGGACGAUGGCACUCGUUCACCUCGUUGGCGGUAUGUUAUAA